AUGACGACUGUCGUCUUAUUUCUUCAUGUUUUCCUUGGGUUGCUUUUGCAAGACCAGGGUUUCGCUGAGCUCCUGGAGGAGAAUUGUGGGAUUGGCUCCGAUAUUUCUCCAAAAAUAUUCAAUGGCAAGAAUGCGAUUAUUGGUUCCAAUCCCUGGAUGGCCCUACUCUUAACUAAAGGCAAUGAAUUUGAGCCUCCAACAUUCUUUUGCGCUGGCACACUGAUUCACGAAAGUUUCGUUCUGACUGCAGCUCACUGCGUUUUUGAUAAACUAAACAUCAUCGUUCGCUUGGGGGAAUACGAUACACGGUCAGAGGACAGGACCGGCAAAGAGGAUAUAUACGUGAGAGAGGCUCACAUCUAUAAGGAAUAUGAACAGAAGACCAAUGUGAAUGAUAUAGCUCUGCUGAGACUAGCCCGAUCCGUGUCCUACAACGGUCAUAUUCAACCCAUAUGCAUUCAGUUGGAUCCAAGAAGGAAAUCAAACAUGGAUAAUACCAUUCAUAAGUUCACAGCCGUUGGCUGGGGAAAAACAAGGACCCAGGAUACAAGUAAUGUGCUCCAGACCGUCACCCUUGAUAGGCUUCCAAGGAGCAGGUGUGAUGACUACUUUUGGAACAACAACAGUACCUCACAGUUCUGUGCCGGCUCCUCAAAUGGAGCAGAUACCUGCGGUGGAGACUCUGGUGGCCCCUUGUACACCAUCGGCAGAUACGCAGGCGUCAGACGACAAACGCAAUUGGGAAUCAUUAACUACGGCACCAAACUGUGCCAGGGAGUGGGCGUAUACACGGAUGUCAUGAGCUAUGUCGAAUGGAUUGAGAAAAUCGUAUUCGAAUCCGACAUUGAGGUUAUAAUACCGAAGAUAGACCUUCUGGAUAGAAAUUGCAUUAGCGAUUACACCGGCAAAAAAUCAGGGACGACUUCUCAAUAUCCAUGGUUGGCACACGUUUAUAUCGAUUCCUACCCUCUCACCUUGGGAACUCUCAUCACCGAUAGAUUUGUCAUCUCAACUGCCCAUUUUUAUACUGCAGGCGUUCCACUAAAUGUGCACUUAGGCCGGAACAGUAAAGGCACUGAGUUUAUCAUCCCAGUUGAAUCUGUGAUCAGACAUCCUGAUUUCGUUUCAUUGUCCGUGAACGAUAUUGCCCUGCUGAAAUUGUCAAUGAAAGUGCAAUAUACUGAUCACAUCAGACCAAUUUGCAUGCCUUUUCUGAAUGAGACGACCUUGUUUCGGGAAAAGGCUGCCAAGGCAGAGAACCUCAGGGUCAUUGGCUCGGCCGUGGGAUCUUCGGCGCUUGUCCAGCGGCUUAACUCCACAAAUUGCUACAAUGGGGACUAUCAAAAAUUAGGAAAUAAGCAAAUGUGCUUCCGGAACAACGAAUCAAUCAUCUUGACCAGCGGCAGUCCCUUGGUUAGGCAAUUCGCUCAUGGGAAUGCCCAGGCAUACACUCUCGUUGGAAUGGCCAGCUUUGGGCAGAGCGAUCACCACGCUUGGUCGGUCUAUACUGAUGUCUUGAGCUAUUCAGAGUGGAUCAGAGAAAGAGUUAUUUCUGACAGAGAAAGAGUUAUCCAAUAA